AUGGUUUUCUCAAGCAUCGGACGCUCGCUUUCCCACUCGGCUCGUUCUAAAUUCAAAAGAAACGUGAUUUCGGGUACUUACAACGGAAGGACUACAUUUCUGCACGAAACGGUGCCACUCGGAAAUGCGUGCAUUUCAGGCGUUGAUUGCGAGCUAGGGCUUCUGAGGGGAUAUUUGACUUAUAAUGGAGCUGGGAAGCAGCUCGUCUCUAAUACUUACUUGUCGAAUUUUAAGUCUUUUCUCACAAACCCUAGAAUUCGUCGCUUCUUCUCCAGCCAAGGGCACGAGAAGAAAAAUUAUGAAAAUUAUUAUCCAAAAAAUAAGAAGGAAAUUCCAAAAGGGGAUGGGCAGAAAUCCGGGUCCAAAGGGGGCUCAAAUGCAGGUGAUCAGGGGAAUCCCCGGGAACUUUUUAUUCCUUGGCAUCAGAUUAUCGGUCCUAUUAUGUUCCUUGGCUUUGUUUUCACAUCAUUAUUACUUAAUCCUCAACAAGCGAAGGAGAUAAGUUUCCAAGAAUUUAAAAACAAGCUACUUGAACCUGGGUUGGUAGAUCACAUUGAAGUUGCAAACAAAUCAGUUGCGAAAGUGUAUGUAAGGAGCUCCCCACAUGAUAAGAAACAGAGUGGCGAUGAUGCUGUAAAGGGACCUGCUGAUGGUUCUUCCUCAGCAGGAAAUACAACCCAGUAUAAAUAUUAUUUUAACAUAGGGAGUGUUGAAUCUUUUGAGGAAAAGUUGGAGGAAGCCCAAGAAGCUUUAGGGUUUGACCGUCAUGAUUUUGUUCCUGUAAUUUAUGUAUCCCAAAUAAAUUGGUUCCAAGAGUUGAUGAGGUAUGGGCCAACGGCGUUGCUUCUGGGAGCCCUUUGGUUUAUGAGCCGAAAAAUGCCUAGCAUUGGUGGUCCAGGUGGAAAAGGUGGCCGAGGAAUAUUCAAUAUAGGGAAAGCGCAGAUCACAAAAUUGGAUAAGAAUGCCAAAAACAAGGUUUUUUUUAAAGAUGUAGCUGGCUGUGAUGAGGCUAAGCAAGAAAUAAUGGAGUUUGUGCACUUUCUAAAGAACCCUAAGAAAUAUGAGGAGUUGGGAGCAAAAAUUCCAAAAGGUGCUCUUCUUGUUGGCCCUCCUGGAACAGGAAAGACGCUUCUUGCAAAGGCAACUGCAGGUGAAUCUAGGGUGCCUUUUCUAUCUAUAUCUGGUUCAGAUUUUAUGGAAAUGUUUGUUGGUGUUGGGCCAUCAAGGGUUCGAAGCUUAUUUCAAGAGGCAAGACAGUGCGCACCCAGUAUAAUAUUUAUUGAUGAGAUUGAUGCAAUUGGCCGAGCUAGAGGGCGUGGAGGCUUUUCAGGUGGCCAUGACGAGCGUGAAAGUACUCUCAAUCAAUUGCUUGUGGAAAUGGAUGGAUUUGGAACCACUGCUGGAGUUGUUGUACUUGCUGGCACCAAUAGGCCAGAUAUUCUAGAUAAAGCACUCUUGAGGCCUGGUCGGUUUGACCGUCAAAUUACUAUUGAUAAACCAGACAUCAAAGGUCGUAACCAGAUUUUUCAAAUAUAUCUGAACAAGCUCAAGUUGGAUUUGGAACCAUCAUAUUACUCAGAGAGACUUGCUGCUCUCACUCCUGGAUUUGCUGGAGCAGACAUAGCAAAUGUCUGCAACGAAGCUGCCUUGAUUGCUGCAAGGAAUGAGAGCCCAAAGAUCACCAUGAAACAUUUUGAGGCAGCUAUAGACAGGGUGAUAGGUGGUCUAGAGAAGAAGAACAAGGUAGUAAGCAAGCUGGAAAGACGGACUGUUGCUUACCAUGAAUCCGGUCAUGCUGUUGCUGGUUGGUUCCUGGAACAUGCAGAACCUUUGCUUAAAGUAACUAUUGUUCCGCGUGGUACUGCAGCAUUGGGGUUUGCUCAGUAUGUUCCCAAUGAAAAUCUUCUUAUGACCAAAGAGCAGCUUUUUGACAUGACAUGCAUGACCCUUGGUGGUCGAGCUGCUGAGCAGGUAUUGUUGGGGAAGAUUUCUACUGGAGCACAGAAUGACUUGGAGAAAGUGACCAAAAUGACUUAUGCUCAAGUUGCAGUGUAUGGCUUCAGCGACAAGGUGGGUCUUCUUUCUUUUCCUCAAAGGGAUGAUGCAUUUGAGAUGGCCAAGCCCUACAGCAGCAAGACCGGUGCAAUAAUUGACAGUGAAGUUAGAGAAUGGGUGGCCAAAGCAUAUGUUCGCACCAUUGAGCUGAUAGAGAAGCACAAAGAGCAAGUAGGACAGAUCGCAGAGCUGUUGCUGGAAAAGGAGGUCCUUCACCAAGAUGACUUGGUUCGAGUAUUGGGAGAGCGCCCAUUUAAGUCAAACGAGCCCACAAACUAUGACAGAUUCAAGGAAGGGUUCCAAGAAGAAGAUAAGGAGCCUAAAGAGACCACUGAGGGUGGGAAUGUGGAUGAUGGUCGGUCGCCACCCAUUCAACCAGAUGUUGUGCCUGCAUAG